AUUAAAAAUACCGCCCGCCGCCACGCCCUCACCUCACCCAAAAAAACCAUCAAAACCAACGGAAAAUUUCUCCCAAACUAGACCCGCCUCCAGUUCCUUAGCUCUCCGCUUCUCCCUCCCUCCCUUCCUAAUAAAAACCACGAUUUCACGUCACAAAAUAAAAUCCCCAAAUCAAGAAGCCCUAAUUUUAUUUAAAUUUGACAAUGGAUGAUCACGAUGAUGAUCCUUACCCAUACCACAAACUCUGCGGUUACCUCUGUACAGUUCUCACAUCACCACACCCACUCCCUUUCCUUUCUCAUUGCCAUCUCAUCACAGACGGAAGCCACCAACAAAUCAGAUUCAAAUCCCUAAACGACGUCGUUCUGUCUCCGCUUUCCAAUCCUUACGGCCAGAACGGCGCGGUUUCUCUUCAAGAGAACAGUAAUGCGGUUGGGAAGAAGAUGAAGAAGAAGAAGAGAAUGGCGAAGAGGGGGAGUUGUUUGAAGAAAAGCGGUAAUUCAGUGGCGGAGAAGAAGAGAGUAGGGAGGAGGGUAAUUGGGAUGGUGAAUGGUAGUGUGAGCGUGGUGCAUCAAAUUCGCGCGCUUGUAAUGCACAAGUGUGUUAAGAUCUUAGCGCGUGUGUUGCAUGUUGCUGAGAGUGAGGGUGAGGUUGUUGAAGUGAGAGUGGUGGUGCUUGUUGAUGUUUAUUUGCCGGUUUCGGUUUGGUCCGGUUGGCAGUUUCCCAAGUCUGGGCCAAUUGCUGGAUCUCUCUUUCGGCACCUGAGUUGCGAUUGGGAGAAGAGGAGGUCCAUGCUUGUUGAUGGAGGAGAGUAUUUUAAAAAUGCUCUUGGAGAUCAUAGGAGCAUUUGGAAUCUUUCUGGUUGUCAUGUUCUUGGAUGCAAUUUGCAUUGUGAUGUACCUGAUUCUUCAAGCAAAAAGCGUUUUGAACUUCAUGAAAUUUUUAAGGGUUUACCCGGCACGGAAAAUAAGGAACAGUAUUACUCUUCAAGAGUAAAACCAGCGGAUAACUCUUUGGAAUCUGGUAUUUGGGAUUUAACUGGUGAUAUCUUGAUGAGCAUUCUUUCUGCACUUGGUCCAAAGGACCUUGUCAGGGUUGCUGCAACCUGUCACCAUUUGAGAUCCUUGGCUGUUUCAAUUAUGCCAUGUAUGAAACUUAAAUUAUUUCCUCAUCAGCAGGCAGCAGUUGAGUGGAUGUUACAGCGCGAGCGGAAUGCUCAAGUCAUGCCACAUCCUCUGUACACUAAUUUAUCCACAGAAGAUGGGUUUACAUUUCAUGUAAGUACUGUUUCUGGUGAAAUAAUUACUGGAGUAGCUCCAACUGUAAGAGACUUUCGUGGGGGAAUGUUCUGUGAUGAACCUGGCUUAGGAAAGACUAUCACUGCUCUUUCUCUUAUUCUGAAGACAAGAGGAACAGUAGCUGACCCACCAGAUGGAGUUCAAAUAACCUGGUGUACACAUAAUGGAGAACAGAGAUGUGGCUAUUAUGAGGUUGAUGGCAGAAACUUCACUCCUAAUAACACACCCCUGGCAAAAAGGGUAAUGAACCAGAGUGCACGCAGGGGACAAUUAUCUUUGGAUAAAUCCACUCUGAUGAAUGAUCCAGGUCAACUGAUUGAGGGGUUUAGCAAUUCUUGUCCAGUUAAUGGAAUGGAAUCGUCACCAGCUCCAUCUUCAGAUCAAACAGCACGUGUAAUUCAAUUGAGUCGCGUGAAGAGAAAUCUUCUCCAUGAAUAUGAUGAAACACCUGUUUUUAGUAACAAGAAAAAGAGGAAGCAUCGUUCUAAUGCCCCUAUAUAUGUCUCAGAGGAACAACGGCAUGAUAGAGCACGCAGGUUGAAUUUGAUUACUGGACAUUUUAGGGAUUUUAAUGAGACUUGGGUUCAAUGCGAUGCAUGCAGAAAGUGGAGGAAGCUUACAAGUAGUGUAGCAGAUACUGAUGCUGCAUGGUUUUGUAGCAUGAAUACAAACCCUGAACGUCAGAGUUGUAGAGAUGCUGAAGAAGCUUGGGAUGACAGCUGUUCCUUAACUCAUGUACCGGGAUUUCACACCAAAGGAACUUCAGGGGGGGAGGAGCAAAAUGUGUCAUUUUUCAUUAGUGUUCUCAAGGAGCACUAUUCCAUGAUAAACUCUAAAACCAAGAAAGCUUUGACUUGGCUGGCUAAACUUUCUCCAGAAAGACUUUCUUUAAUGGAAACAAUUGGUUUGGCAAGUCCGGUUGUAGGUACUGGUUCUGUAUCUGGUGGUGGAGAUUCCCGUGGGUUUCAUAAAAUAUUCGAAGCAUUUGGUCUUGUACGGAGAGUAGAAAAGGGAGCCAGUAAGUGGUGUUACCCGCAGAAACUUGAAAACUUAGCAUUUGAUUUGGCUGCUUUUAGAAUUGCUAUCUGCAAGCCGUUGGAUUCAGUUAGGUUAUAUUUAUCAAGAGCAACCCUAGUUGUUGUCCCAGCAAAUCUAGUUGAUCAUUGGAAAACCCAGAUAGAAAAGCAUGUCAAACCUGGCCAGUUGCGGCUGUGUGUCUGGACUAAUCAUAAAAAGCCUUCUGCUCACAGUCUGGCAUGGGAUUAUGAUGUUGUUAUAACAACCUUCAGUCGAUUAAGUGCUGAGUGGGGUCCCAGGAAAAAAAGUCCUCUGAUGCAAGUGCAUUUUCUCCGGGUCAUGUUAGAUGAGGGACACACCCUUGGCUCUAGUCUGAGCUUGACAAACAAAUUGCAAAUGGCUAUGUCAUUGAUGGCUUCAAAUCGCUGGUUACUAACAGGAACACCAACACCCAACACACCCAAUAGUCAGCUGUCUCAUCUCCAGCCAAUGCUUAAGUUUCUACAGGAGGAAGCGUACGGGCUGAAUCAAAAGUCAUGGGAAGCCGGCGUUCUUAGACCAUUUGAAGCCGAGAUGGAAGAAGGCCGCACACGCUUGUUGCAUUUGCUCCACAGAUGCUUGAUUAGUUCUAGGAAGACAGAUUUGAAAACUAUCCCUCCAUGCAUCAAGAAGGUGACGUUCCUCAAUUUUACCAAGGAUCAUGCAAGAAGCUAUAAUGAAUUGGUAGUUACUGUGCGACGUAAUAUUCUAACUGCUGACUGGAAUGAUCCUUCUCAUGUUGAGAGUUUGCUUAACCCAAAGCAGUGGAAGUUUCGAAGUACCCUUAUUAGAAAUGUCAGGCUAUCUUGUUGUGUGGCAGGGCAUAUUAAAGUGGCAGAAGUUGGUGAAGAUAUUCAGGAAACAAUGGAUAUUCUGAUUGAAAAAGGACUUGAUCCCAUUUCAGAGGAGCAUGCUUUGAUAAAAUACUAUCUUCAGUAUGGUGGUAACUGUCUCAGAUGCAAGGAAUGGUGUCGUCUACCUUUCAUAACGCCAUGUAGGCAUCUUUUGUGCCCUGAUUGUGUUGCUUUGAAUAGUGAAAAGUGUACUUUUCCUGGCUGUGGUUACUCAUAUGAGAUGCAAAGUCCAGAAGUAUUGACCCGACCAGAAAAUCCAAACCCGAAAUGGCCUGUCCCCAAAGAUCUUAUCGAGUUGCAACCUUCCUAUAAACAGGAUGACUGGGAUCCUGAUUGGCAGUCAACAUCUAGCAGUAAAGUUGCUUACCUUGUACAGAAGCUGAAAGCAUUGCAGGAGGCCAGUAGAGAGAGUAGCCGGUCCAUUGACAAGGAUACUCAAAUAAGUGUUUCUAGUGUAGUGCUUCAGCAGCACUGCUUUAGUGUUAACAAGGCAGCCUUGGAGAAAGUUAUAAUAUUUUCUCAAUUUCUUGAGCAUAUACAUGUGAUUGAACAGCAGUUAGCAUUUGCUGGUAUUAAAUUUGCUGGAAUGUAUAGUCCAAUGCCUCAAAUCAACAAGAUGAAAUCACUGGCCACCUUCCAGCAUGACGCCACAUGUAUGGCUCUGUUAAUGGAUGGCAGUGCUGCAUUGGGUCUUGAUUUGAGCUUUGUAACUCAUGUAUUCCUAAUGGAGCCAAUCUGGGACAGAAGCAUGGAAGAACAAGUGAUAAGUCGAGCUCAUCGGAUGGGUGCUACUCGCCCCAUCAAUGUGGAGACUUUAGCCAUGCGUGGUACAAUUGAGGAGCAAAUGCUAGAAUUCCUACAGGAUGCUGAUGGUUGUAGAAGAGUUUUGAAAGAAGAGUCAAGUAAAACUGACCAUGCAGGGGCACGGCUCCACCGAUCUCUACAUGAUUUUGCUGAGAGCGACUACUUGGCCCACCUUAGCUUUGUGCAUACAGGUUCAAGAGCGUAAAAGUUCUUGUGAUGAUCUCGAGCCACCAUAUGUUGUGCUGAUGAUGAUUUCAAUCAAGUGAUAUAUGUGGCAGUUGAAUUCAAAUAAUUCCACUCCUCUUGUUUGAAAAACCUGGGCAGAUUAUUUUUGAUUCAUUGUUUCUCAAAGUAUAAAUGGCAGAGUUUGCCAUUCACAGCUGGGAACAAGUGCUAAUUGAAUUUUUUUCUCAAUCUAUUCCGUGACUAAUCUCUUAGGAUACCCCCACAACAAAACCUUGACCCACAUUUUCUAAGAGCUUUUUUUUGGCUCCUGUUUGUCCAUUCUGUACCCUUGGGGAUGUAUAUAUAUUUGGUAGGUGGGAGAGAACUUGAAGAAACUCCUUUCAUUGUUUGUAACAAUCAUACCCAGUUAUGUACAGGAAUGAACGACAAAAUCAUGUUCUUCAAAGAUUCGGAAUUGAUUUAUUUUUCCACAA